UUGGUUUCUUCAGCUUCUUCCCUUUCCAAGACAUUGAUGAUGGCCCUGAGUAAUUCCAGCUGGGGGCUGAUCCGGCCGUCUUUUUUCCUGAUGGGCAUCCCAGGUUUAGAGGCAAGCCAGCACUGGAUAGCAUUGCCACUCUGUGUCCUUUAUCUCCUUGCCCUAGGGGGCAAUGUCACCAUCCUCGUCGCCAUCUGGACUGACCCGUCCUUGCACCAGCCCAUGUACCUCUUUCUGGCCAUGCUCUCUGGCAUUGACCUGGUCCUGGCCUCCUCCACUGCACCCAAAACCCUCGCAGUGCUCCUGGUUCAUGCCCAUGAGAUUGGGUACACUAUCUGCCUGAUCCAGAUGUUCUUCAUCCAUGCGUUCUCCUCCAUGGAGUCAGGUGUACUUGUGGCCAUGGCUCUGGACCGUUACGUCGCCAUUUGCCACCCUCUGCACCACUCCACCAUCCUGCGUGCAGGGAUCGUAGGGCGCAUGGGGGUGGCAGUGCUGGUGCGGGGGCUCCUCCUCCUCCUCCCCUUCCCCAUCUUGCUGCAGAGACUUGUCUUCUGUCAGGCCACCAUCAUAGGCCAUGCCUACUGUGAACACAUGGCCGUGGUCAAGCUUGCCUGUUCAGAAACCACAGUGAACCGAGCUUAUGGGUUGGCAGUGGCCCUGCUUGUGGUUGGUCUAGAUGUCCUGGCCAUUGGUAUUUCCUAUGCCCUCAUCCUCCAGGCGGUGCUGAAGGUCCCAGGGGGUGAGGCCCGACUUAAAGCCUUUAGCACGUGUGGGUCUCAUAUUUGUGUCAUCCUGGUUUUCUAUGUUCCUGGCAUAUUCUCCUUCCUCACGCACCGCUUUGGCCGCCAGGUGCCCCAUCACGUCCAUGUUCUUCUGGCUACACUCUACCUCCUCGUGCCACCUGCACUUAAUCCUCUUGUCUACGGGGUGAAGACUCAGCAGAUCCGCCAGCGAGUCCUCAGGGUGUUCUACAUAAAAGGGUAG